AUGCAAACAACAUCAACAACUACAUCUGGUCCAGCAUUACCAAAAGCAAGAUUUAAUUGGAUAUUUUCUGCGGAUAAAUUUACUUCAACACCAUCAAAUCGAAAUGGUAUAUCACCUGAAGAAGAAUUAGCUUUACGGCAACAAGCAGCUGUUUUUAUUUAUGAAUUAGGUACAAAUUUAAAAGUACCACAUUAUUGUAUUAAUACAGCUGUUGUUUAUAUGCAUCGUUUUUAUAUGAUUAAUUCAUUUCAACGAUUUACACGUCAACGAAUAUGUGCCGCUUCAUUGUUUCUUGCUUGUAAAGUUGAAGAAUUUCCUCGUACAUUACGGGAUGUUAUUGAAAAUACAGGAAAAGUAUUACGAAGAAAAAAAGCUGAAGAACUUACAAAAGAAAUGAUUGAACAAUAUGCUGAUGAUAUUGUUUUACAUGAAAAUAUUCUUCUUUCAACAUUAGGAUUUUCAUUAAUGGUUGAUCAUCCACAUCCAAUUAUUAUUAAAACAAUUCAAACACUUGGAAGUCAAAUACAGUCGUUACCAGAAAAAACACCUCGUGAACUUGCUCAGACAGCUUAUUAUUUAGCAACAAAAAGUAUUUUACUAACAUCAUUUUGUGUCAAAUAUCCACCUGAUCUUAUUGCCUGUUUUUGUAUACAUUUGGCUGCAGCUUGGCUCAAAAUUGAAAUUCCUUCACCAGCACCAGUAACAACAGCUCGUAAUGGAUCUGAUAGUACAAUAACAGAAAAUACAUCAAAUAAACGUUGGUUUCAUCUUGUUAAUGAAUCAUUUACUGAAAAACAACUUGGAGAACUUGCUGAUGAAUUUCUUGCUAUAUAUGAAAAAUGUCCGGAUAAAAUCAAACGAAAACUUGUUUAUCAAAAUGAACGACAACCACAAUCAUCAUCAAAUGAUGGCGCAUCAUCAUCAUCUCAACAUUAUCCAUCAACAAGUAAUGUUCUACCACGUCUAACAGAUUUAACUGAUAGUGUUGUACCACAAGGUGCUAUUCGUGAUAAAAUUGAACAUCGACAAAAUCAAACAUCAUUACAAACAAAUCGACCUAUUCAACCAUCACUACCACCACCACAACCAUCAGUUCCUUCUCAAUCUCAAUCAUCAUCAUCAUCUAUACCUAUUAAACGUGAACCAUCAGCAGCUCCAUCAUUUUCAUCAUCAAAUCGUCCACCAAUGCCACCACCACCACCACAUAAUGCAUCGUCAUCAUCAUCAGCAUCAGCAUCAUCUCGACCUCCAUCAUUUCAACAUCCAUCAUCUUCUCAUUUUCAAGCUCAUCAUCAUUCAAAUAAUAAUUAUAAUCAACAUGCUCGUUAUCCAUCACAACAAACACGACCUGGACUACCACCUCAAAAUCGAUCAUUACAACAACCACCACUUCCACCUUCUCAACAUAAUGUUGAUCGUAAACCUCCACCACCUACUCAUCCGUAUGAUCAUCCUGCUCCACCGCCACCAGCACCAUCAUCAACAUCUGUAUCAAAUCGACCACCAUAUGGUUCACAACAACGUAGUAGUCAUUAUAAUAAUGUUCCACCACCAGCGAAUCCUUAUCCACAACAACCACCUUAUGGUCAUAGUAAUCAUCCACCAGCAUUAAUGCAUCUUGGUGGUGAAAAACGUCCUUAUGAUCCAACAUAUGAUCCUAAUAAUAAUAAUAAUAAUAAACGACCUCGGCCAUCAUCUUCAUCCUCAACAUCAUCUCAACAAUGGAAUAAUAAUAAAUAA